AUGAGGAAGGCACCUUUGAAAGCAUCUAAGAGUUCUAUCAACGACUUGAAGAUCUCCAAGAAAUAUGAUGACUCUGAUGCAUUGUCCACCAUUGUCAGAAGUGUUUCUCUGAAUACAGGCCCUAGUAAACAAAGAACAGUAGCUGAGGACAUACUUCGUUAUGGACAUGUUAAAGUUGCAGCAGAGGUAUUCACAUUUCGCGAACUCGCAGCUGCAACAGACAAUUUCAAUUCUGAACUACUGGUGGGAGAAGGAGGAUUUGGAAGGGUCUAUAUGGGACGCCUCAAGAAAACCGAUCAAGUUGUUGCAGUCAAGCAACUUGACAGGAAUGGACUUCAAGGAAAUAGGGAGUUUCUAGCAGAAGUUCUGACACUAAGCCUUGUUCACCACCCAAACCUCGUAAAUCUCAUAGGGUAUUGUGCUGAUGGCCGCCAAAGAAUUUUGGUCUACGAGUACAUGCGUAAUGGAUCACUAGAAGAUCACCUGUUUGAUAUUCCUCCACAUAAGAAACCUCUAGAUUGGUUUACUCGGAUGAAAAUAGCUAAAGGUGCAGCACAAGGACUUGAGUACUUGCACGACACAGCCAACCCACAAAUCAUCUAUCGCGAUCUAAAAGCAUCUAACAUCUUAUUAGAUGAUGAGUUUAAUCCUAAGCUCUCUGAUUUUGGACUUGCUAAGUUAGGUCCAACAGGAGACAAAGAUCAUGUCUCCACCAGGGUAAUGGGGACGUAUGGCUACUGUGCUCCAGAGUAUGCAAUGACAGGCCAACUGACGACGAAAUCUGACAUCUAUAGUUUUGGGGUGGUCUUGUUGGAGAUCAUCACAGGAAGGAGAGCCAUCGAUAAUACAAGGCCUACAGCAGAGCAGAACCUGAUUUCUUGGGCAAAACCUUAUUUUAAAGAUAGAAGACAAUUUACAUUCCUGGCUGACCCUUUGCUGGAAGGGGAUUACCCUGUAAAGUGUCUUCAUCAAGCUGUUGCUGUUGCGGCUAUGUGCCUCCAAGAUGAAGCUAGCACCAGGCCUUUCAUUGGCGAUGUUGUUACUGCUCUCGAGUAUCUAGCCAUGAGGCUCUACAAUCAAAACACAGAAACGAUAUCAGAAGUUUAUCUGUCCAGGAAAACAAGAACAUCGCAUAAAAAUAAUAUAACCAACUUAAAACCAACAACAGCUCAAGAAAUGAGCAAUGCGACUUGCAAUGUAAUACUCUUGAUAAAACUGAAAGAUGCUUUAUUCAAAUAGUUAUCAAAUAAAUUACA